AUGGAGACGGACACUUAUUUCUUUAAUUCGCCUACGGUUCUCGAGACGGGGCAUGUCAGUAACGACGACCAACUAGCUAACUGCUGUUGCCAUAUAGCGUUUGCAGACCACAUGGCGCCCAACAAACGUGGUCCUUGGACGAGCGAGGAAGACUCCCGUCUCCGCUGCUCUAUCCAAAAGCAUGUUGGAUAUCACCCCGGCUAUUCCAGCUGGCCAGACUACUACCGGAGACUCCAAAUCAAGGAUCUCAAAUGGACCGAAAUUGCGACUCAUGUCGUGACGCGGAACGCCAAGCAAUGUAGAGAACGAUGGUCGCAAAACCUUGAUCCUACGCUGAACCACAGCCCUCUCAAUCCUGAGGAAGAGAUCCGUGUCGAUCAGUUGUAUCGUCAAUAUGGAACCGCCUGGGCGAAAAUCGCACGGGAACUCGGCAACCGCAGCGACAACCUUGUGAAGAACUACUGGAACGGAAAAGUCAACCGCUACAAGCGCCAAGAGAGCCGUACACACAGCGGCACCGGGCACCGACGAUCUGCUUCAGUGGCGCAGUACGAAAUGAACCACACUCAGCAACAGCGGCUACCAGCUCAGCUUCCACAUGUGGCCUUCGAGCAGCAAUUCGAGUCCCAGUACCCAGCAGGUGCGGAACAGCGACCGGCGGUCCCAAACCACACCAUGCGCCCGCAAACUCUCCCUUCUAUUGUCCCGCAACAUUCUCGCGGCUACACCGCGCAGCGGCCACCGCCAUUGAACCUCGCGCCCUCGCAAAACUACGUCUCAUCCCCAUACCCCUCCCCAACCAAGCAAUCGGGAUCCGACCUCUACACUCCAGCAAACAGUCCCUCAUUCCAGGACUACUGGUCCCCGUCCUCACAACUCAGCGACCGCCGCGGCUCGCUCGCCUCCCAUGGCUCCCACGGCUCCCACAUGUCGCUUCCUUACCCCUCGCACUCGGCACAGCCCUCAAAAUCCGAGCCACCGACCCUAACUCCCGAGUCGCUCAAAGAGUGCCUUCAUUACCCCGGCCCUCCCACCGAGACGAUGCAGCAGCCCGUUUUACCUCCGCCGGUGCCAACCACACAAUCUCGGACACCAAAUAUGCAGUACCAACCUACUCCGACGGCCGUCAUGACGGCCUCGCCGCCACUGGAUCCGAUGCUGAAGUUACCUCCGCUCCUGAAUAUCCUGAGCGGCGGGAAUGACGAUCGGCUGAAGCUUUCGCAUAUCUCCGAACGGGACCUCUCCCUCGACAUCCCCAUCAACUACCUCACCAAACCUGGCAUCUCCCUCGCCGCCGCCUGCUUCCCAGACAACCAAUUCCUCCCAUCCAUCGGCGCGAACUGCCUCUCCAACCUCCUCGCCUCCGGCUUCAGACGCUUCAUUAUUGAUCUCUAUUGGGACCCUCCACGCCAGAAAUGGAGCCUCUGCCCGGCGCGACUCCCCAGCUGGAAGGUCGAUGCGGAUGCGGGUGGCCCAACCAUGCCGCAGAGCACGGCGCGGCCGUCAUUGUCGAGUGUGGUGUUGGAUGGAUUGAUGCCGGAGUCGAGAGAGGGGGUGGAGCGGCGAGGUGCGCGGGGCGGGGAGGAUGGCGUGGUGGUGCGUCGUCAAGCGGUUUCCAGUACGUCCGCUGGCAAUGGUGAUGACGUCCAGAGUCCCACUACCGAGCCAUCUAGAGCCUCUUCUGUAUCGUCGGUUUCUUCGAAUGGCAUGGUCGUCGAGGCGUCUGCGCCUCCGGCCAACCCAACACGGCGGCUGGACCCCUUGACGGGCGAGGAGGUCUACCGGCUCGGGCCUUACGAUUGUACGGGCGACCUCGACCUUCAUUUGAUAGGGGAAGUUUUCUCCCAAUAUCUUUGGAACACCUCCAAUACCCUGGAUGCCAGCAUGUCGUAUUUGACACUGAAUAUACACGCCGCUGCCACUUCGGAUGACUUUGAAAGGACCCCGUCGAGCGUAACAGGAUCUAACUUACCUCGCGCAAACGAGUCGUUGACAGCGACGUUGAACAACAAUCUGUCAUCAUUCUUGUAUACCCCCCAAACCCUGGAACGUGAAAGAAGAAAUUUGAAUGCCUCGUGGUGGGCGUUACCGUUAGCGAGUCAGCCGAAUUGGGAGUACAUGACGGUGGAAAAAACACCAACCGGCAUCUUUACCACUCCCGAUGGCUGGCCCAGCGAAGAAAUCAUCGUGUUUCAGCGGGCGAUCCGACUGCUAGCUGAAUUCGGGGAGAUCGAUCCCGAGAUGUCGGACUAUGACCCGGCCUUCGACAUGGACACCGUCUUCCCUUCGAACUAUCUCAAGUCCGGACGGGAAACGAGCUUCGACGCCGCCGGUAUGAUCUCCAGCGGUUGCUUCUUCGACUCCGAAGACACAUCGAUCGCCCAAGUCAACAACUCCUGGGCUGUGACCGCCGACUUCCCCACCACGGAUCUCGACUCCACCCAAAACACCCCCUACCCCCUCUCCCCCUCCAUCUCCAACCUCACCAUCUGCGGCAUCUCCCCCCUCCUCAACACCGCCCUCACCAACUCCACCACCGCUUCCUCCCCCCUCCCCUACCAACGUCUCGCCCUCAGCGCCUCUUGGUCCUGGGCCCCCGACUCCCUCGACAACGACACCGUCUCCCUCACCGACGACCCUAUCCUCCCCCCUUUUGACAACCCCGCCAGCCCCCUCCGCUGUGCCGUCCUCUCCCUCACCCACUCCGGCCACUGGCUCCCCGCCGACUGCGCCACCUCCCAUCGCUCCGCCUGCCGCGUCUCCCACGCCCCUUACAACUGGCUCGUCACCUCCUCCCUCGACCCUUUCGACUCCGCCUUCUCCGCCUGCGAUGACCUCGACCGCUCUGCCGCCUUCGACGUUCCGCGCACGGGCCUCGAGAACAACUACCUCUAUACCGCGGCGGAAGCGGCCACGCGCGCCGCGGACCUGGACGAGGACAUCGCGGGAGAUGCGCAGGUAUGGUUAGCGUUCAACUCCAUCGAUAGGGCGGAUUGCUGGGUGGUCGGAGGGCGGAAUGAGACGUGUCCGUAUGAGGGGGCGGAGGAGGAGACGUCGCAGGCGGUGAUCGUGCCGGUGGUGGCGAGUGUGAUUGUGUUUGUAGUGACGGCGUUGACAGUGUUUGUGAAAUGUGCGGCGAAUCGAAGGAUGAAGAGGCGGCGGGGAAAGAGGGAUGUUGAUGGGUUGGGGGAGUAUGAGGGGGUACCGAGUUAA